AUGCCAAGAGGAGCUAAAAGACAAAUCGUUUUAAUAUUCCAUUAUAAUGGACAACCGGAACACAUAGUGAUUUCCGGUUGCACCGGUACUCCAAAUUGCUUUAUUUGUCUUGAAAGUGUCAUUCGUAACAACAAAAUAGCAAAAUUCAACAGUCUUUUAAUAAGAACAACAAUUUGUGAAUCAAUCAGUCAAUGCAAACAAUCAACCAAUCGAUCAUUACAUAACAGUAGCAGCAAUAGUAGCGCUAAAAGUAGUAGCAGUAGUAGUAGUAGUAGUAGUAGUAGUAGUAGUAGUAGUAGUAGUAGUAGUAGUAGUAGUAGUAGUAGUAGUAGUAGUA